AUGGCAGAAAACAACCUCCCAACAACGGGAGAAGAACUGGAGGUGAAAAAUGAGUUCCCAGCCACAGUAAUUUCAGCAACAGAGGAAAGUCAAGUUACGUCAAAUGACGCUGAACUAGAUGUAUACAAUGACCCUUUAAGAGGGAUAGCGAAAGUAUGUCUCGAGGAAGGUAACAAAGAAUACAGACAAGGAGAAGCUAAAAACGCGAUAAUUUCCUACACGGAAGGACUUCAAGUGAAUUGCAAAGAUAAACGGCUUAACGCCAAGCUUUACAGCAACAGGGCAACAGCUCAUUUCCGUUUGGCAAACUUCGUGGGAUGUCUGGAUGAUGCAACAGUUGCUGUGCAAUUGGAACCUACUUUCAUCAAAGCUAUUAAGAAAGGUGGGUUUUUCAGACAUAAGCCAUCAACAAUCUAUUCUCUAAUUUCGUCAAAAGAGGAUUUUGUUUACCAUCAACGUCAACUAGAAAUUGCUAAAGAAGUGGGAGACAAGGCCGGAGAGGGAAGAAGUUAUGGCAAUCUCGGCAACGCUUAUCGCGGUCUAAGAGAGUUCAAAACAGCCAUCAAGUACCAUCAACGUCAUCUAGAAAUUGCUAAAGAUGUGGGAGACAAGGCCGGAGAGCGAGGAAGUUAUGGUAGUCUCGGCAACGCUUAUCAAUGUCUAGGAGAGUUCAAAACAGCCAUCAAGUACCAUCAACGUGAUCUAGAAAUUGCUAAAGAAGUGGGAGACAAGGCCGGAGAGGGAGGAAGUUAUUGCAAUCUCGGCAACGCUUAUCACGGUCUAGGAGAGUUCAAAACAGCCAUCAAGUACCACGAACGUCAUCUAGAAAUUGCUAAAGAAGUGGGAAACAAGGCCAGGGAGGGAGGAAGUUAUGGCAAUCUCGGCAACGCUUAUCACAGUCUAGGAGAGUUCAAAACAGCCAUCAAGUACCAUCAACGUCAUCUAGAAAUUGCUAAAGAAGUGGGAGACAAGGCCGGAGAGGGAAGAAGUUAUGGCAAUCUCGGCAUCGCUUAUCAAAGUCUAGGAGAGUUCAAAACAGCCAUCAAGUACCAUCAACGUCAUCUAGAAAUUGCUAAAGAAGUGGGAGACAAGGCCGGAGAGGGAGGAAGUUAUUGCAAUCUCGGCAACGCUUAUCACGGUCUAGGAGAGUUCAAAACAGCCAUCAAGUACCACGAACGUCAUCUAGAAAUUGCUUCUGAAGCGGGAAACGAGGCCAGAGAGGGAAUCAGUUAUGGCAAUCUCGGCAUCGCUUAUCAAAGUCUAGGAGAGUUCAAAACAGCCAUCAAGUACCAUCAACGUCAACUAGAAAUUGCUAAAGAAGUGGGAGACAAGGCCGGAGAGGGAAGAAGUUAUGGCAAUCUCGGCAACGCUUAUCGCGGUCUAGGAGAGUUCAAAACAGCCAUCAAGUACCAUCAACGUCAUCUAGAAAUUGCUAAAGAAGUGGGAGACAAGGCCGGAGAGGGAAGAAGUUAUGGCAAUCUCGGCAACGCUUAUCGCGGUCUAGGAGAGUUCAAAACAGCCAUCAAGUACCAUCAACGUGAUCUAGAAAUUGCUAAAGAAGUGGGAGACAAGGCCGGAGAGGGAGGAAGUUAUGGCAAUCUCGGCAACGCUUAUCACAGUCUAGGAGAGUUCAAAACAGCCAUCAAGUACCAUCAACGUCAUCUAGAAAUUGCUAAAGAAGUGGGAGACAAGGCCGGAGAGGGAAGAAGUUAUGGCAAUCUCGGCAUCGCUUAUCAAAGUCUAGGAGAGUUCAAAACAGCCAUCAAGUACCAUCAACGUCAUCUAGAAAUUGCUAAAGAAGUGGGAGACAAGGCCGGAGAGGGAAGAAGUUAUGGCAAUCUCGGCAACGCUUAUCAAUGUCUAGGAGAGUUCAAAACAGCCAUCAAGUACCAUCAACGUGAUCUAGAAAUUGCUGAAGAAGUGGGAGACAAGGCCGGAGAGGAAGGAAGUUAUUGCAAUCUCGGCAACGCUUAUUACAGUCUAGGAGAGUUCAAAACAGCCAUCAAGUACCAUCAACGUCAUCUAGAAAUUGCUAAAGAAGUGGGAGACAAGGCCGGAGAGGGAAGAAGUUAUGGCAAUCUCGGCAACGCUUAUCGCGGUCUAGGAGAGUUCAAAACAGCUAUCAAGUACCAUCAACGUCAUCUAGAAAUUGCUAAAGAAGUGGGAGACAAGGCCGGAGAGGGAAGAAGUUAUGGCAAUCUCGGCAUCGCUUAUUACAGUCUAGGAGAGUUUAAAACAGCCAUCAAGUACCAUCAACGUCAUCUAGAAAUUGCUAAAGAAGUGGGAGACAAGGCCGGAGAGGGAGGAAGUUAUUGCAAUCUCGGCAACGCUUAUUACAGUCUAGGAGAGUUCAAAACAGCCAUCAAGUACCAUCAACGUCAUCUAGAAAUUGCUAAAGAAGUGGGAGACAAGGCCGGAGAGGGAAGAAGUUAUGGCAAUCUCGGCAACGCUUAUCGCGGUCUAGGAGAGUUCAAAACAGCCAUCAAGUACCAUCAACGUGAUCUAGAAAUUGCUAAAGAAGUGGGAGACAAGGCCGGAGAGGGAAGAAGUUAUGGCAAUCUCGGCAUCGCUUAUGACAGUCUAGGAGAGUUCAAAACAGCCAUCAAGUACCAUCAACGUCAUCUAGAAAUUGCUAAAGAAGUGGGAGACAAGGCCGGAGAGGGAGGAAGUUAUGGCAAUCUCGGCAACGCUUAUCGCGGUCUAGCAGAGUUCAAAACAGCUAUCAAGUACCAUCAACGUGAUCUAGAAAUUGCUAAAGAAGUGGGAGACAAGGCCGGAGAGGGAAGAAGUUAUGGCAAUCUCGGCAACGCUUAUUACAGUCUUGGAGAGUUUAAAACAGCCAUCAAGUACCAUCAACGUCAUCUAGAAAUUGCUAAAGAAGUGGGAGACAAGGUCGGAGAGGGAGGAAGUUAUGGCAGUCUUGGAAACGCUCAUCACGGUCUACGACAGUUCAAAAAAGCAAUCGAUUGCCAUCAACGUCAUCUAGAAAUUGCUAAAGAAGUGGGAGACAAGACUGGAGAGGCGUGCUCAUUCUGUUCUCUUGGAAGAAGUUUUGAGUGCCAAGGAAAUCUUUUGAUGGCCUUUGACUGUUAUUACUCGAGUGUAGAAUUGUAUAAUGAUAUCAGGGCUAGUCUUCAACUCAACGAUCAGUGGAAGAUUUGUUAUCGUAAUCGGCACCAAAGUGCAUACAAAGGUUUGUGGCUUAUAAUUCUCAAUCGAGGUCAAGUUGUGAAGGCUCUUCUUGCCGCAGAGAAAGGACGUGCUCAAGCUCUGAGAGAUCUCAUGGACACAAAAUAUUCGCCUGGAGAUUCUUUUACGCACAGCGCAUCCCGCAUUUCUUUGAGAUGGGUUCCAUUGACCACAGUUUUCAUAGCUAUUAAUGGACCAUGCGUUUACUUCUGGGUUUGCCUCAAUGAAGAUAAUAUCCAGAUGAUAAAGGUACACGUGAACAAUUAUAAAUAUGAGGAUGAAUUGAAAGUUUUCAUCCAGCUACUGAACAAAACUGCUCUUAGGGAGAUCGGUGCAAGAGAUACUGUUACAUUCGAAAAUCCUCCGCUUGAUUCGCCGUCAGAAGAGGAAAUGGCCAGUGGUGGGAUCCGAGUUGAUGUGAGACACUCUCAAUCAAGCGCUUUAAAGAAGCUGCAUGACAUCAUCGUUUCUCCUAUUGCUGACCUGAUCAAAGGCAACGACGAGAUCACAUUCGUUCCUGAGGGGCCAUUUUGCCUAGUACCUUAUGCGGCAUUGCAGGAAUCGAACUCAUCAUAUUUAAGUGAUUCUUUCAGAAUUCGUGUGCUUCCCUCUCUGACGACGUUGCAAUUAAUUCAUGAUUGUCCAGCUGACUUUCACAUGAAGACUGGUGCAUUGCUUGUCGGCGACCCAUGUUUCAAAGAUAUCAUCUAUCAGGGAAGACGUUUGGUGCAACUUCCAGGAGCCAGGAAAGAGGUGGAGAUGAUCGGACGUAUCCUCAAUGUCUGUCCCCUCACUGGAGAAAUUGCAACAAAACAUGAAGUGUUGAAACGAAUAUCAUCAGUGGCGUUAGUUCACAUUGCAGCGCACGGUAAAAUAGAAACUGGAGAAGUUAUCCUGGCACCAAACACCACAACACAACACCCUCAUCUGCAAGAGAAAGACUAUCUACUGACGAUGAAAGAUGUUAUUGAUGCUGGGUUGCGAGCGCGUCUGGUUGUACUUAGCUGCUGUCACACUGCUCGUGGGGAGGUCAUGGCUGAGGGUGUGGUCGGUAUGGCGCGUGCACUUUUGGGUGCCGGUGCUAGAUCUGUUGUGGUAACCUUGUGGGCGAUUGGCGACGAGGGAACCCUGGAGUUCAUGAGCUUUUUCUACGAUGCACUUGCCAAAGGCAAGAAGGCAAGUGAAGCUCUCAAUCAGGCCAUGAAGCGCAUGAGAGAAACUGAAAAGUUCAAGGAGGUGAUUUACUGGGCACCAUUUGUACUCAUUGGUGAUGACGUCAACCUGGAUUUCAAGGAUAUUAGAAGCCGAAACAAUUAAGGCAGUGAGCAUUGGAAUCCCAGGGUGUUUUCGGAUACCUGCAAACGCUGAUAUUUGGACCAGAAACCAGUAAGCUACUUAUGAAAUCUCUCUCAAGAGUCUUCUUUUGAAAGCAGGAAGAACCAAAAGACGGCCAAAGUCAAGUUUAACAA